CUCACACACACACACACACACACAACACACACCUCCCAGACGCGUCGACAGGACACACGCCGGUGUCGCGGAGCGCAGGCUGUUACGGAGCCGCUACCAGAGAGAGCCACACACAAGAGAGAGGAGCGGUGCUGCAGGAGGUGGCAUGCCAUUAACGGUCUUUUUGGAGAGCAAGAGCGCAACACAUUUUCUUAUUUAUAUUUCUGGGACAUUAAAAAUCAGCUUCUGACUCUCGGACGUUGGCUUCCAGGACUUGCUACUACCAAGCCCUUAGAGGAGAACCAACCCUUGUGUGCGCAAAAUACGCGGGGACGCAGAGAGGGACAUACGGAGACUGAGAAGCUCUCAGUCGGAACUUGACGCACCCUGGAGCCGCCGUCUGUGGAGCGCAGAUAUCGCCCGAAGCCUCCCAGCUGCGGAGCGCACGCAAUAUUGAUCAAGGAGUUUGUUUGUUCACUAUUUUUUUUUGGAUGAGGUUGAGUGGCAUAGCUCUGCUAAAUGACUUAAAAGGCAAAGGGGCUGUGCAAAUAGAAAUCUCUGAAUUUCUUCAAUGACAUGUAGUUGGCACAUAGUUUCCUCCAUCAAUGGUUUAAUAAACUCCGUGGGAUUAUUCCUGAAGUGGUCUGACUGCAGCCAGCGGGUUUUGGUCCUACAGGGGUGUGGAUUUUUUUUUGGAGGAGCAGCAGAAUUGAUAUUCUACGAGGUGGAAACAUUAGAAACUUAAAGCUCUCUGCGAGUUUACUGCAUCAUCCAAGAUGGAUUUUGAGUCGUCGCUGAUUGGAUUUUUAAUGGCAUUGUGUCACCUGGCAUUGAGAGUCAGAGGAGAAGAGGUGGCACAGUGCGGCGGCGUCUUCGAUGCCGCCGUGGCGGGUUACAUCACUUCCCCCGGUUAUCCUCUGGAGUACCCGCCUCACCAGAACUGUCACUGGAUCAUCACGGUGCCGGAGCCCUCGCAGCGCAUCGUCCUCAACUUCAACCCACACUUUGAAAUCGAGAGGCUGGACUGCAAGUAUGACUUCAUCGAGAUACGCGAUGGCACUUCGGAAAAUGCCGACGUUCUGGGUCGACACUGUAGCAACAUCGCCCCAGCGCCAAUCAUCUCGUCUGGACCCUCCCUCCAGAUCCGAUUUGUCUCAGACUACGCGCACCAGGGGGCGGGCUUCUCUCUACGCUACGAGGUCUUCAAAACAGGGUCGGAAUUCUGCUUCCGCAACUUCACCAGCUCCUCCAGCAUGAUCGAGUCUCCGGGCUUCCCGGAUAAAUACCCUCAUAAUCUGGAGUGCUCCUACAUGAUCAUCGCCCCGCCCCACAUGGACAUCACCCUCACGUUCCUGACCUUUGACCUCGAGAACGAUCCCCUGCUGGUGGGAGAGGGCGACUGCAAGUACGACUGGCUGGACGCGUGGGACGGCUUGCCGCAAGUGUCUCCUCUGAUUGGUCGGUACUGCGGGACGAAGAUCCCUCCGGAGAUCCAGUCGUCCUCCGGCCUGCUGUCCCUCUCCUUCCACACUGACAUGGCCGUGGCCAAAGACGGCUUCUCCGCCCGAUACAACAUGACGCUCAAAGAAGUCAGCGACUCGUUCCACUGUAGCAUGGCGCUCGGUAUGGAGUCGGGGAAGAUCAGCGACGAUCAGAUCACCGCUUCGACCACCUUCUAUGACAACCGCUGGUUGCCGCGCCAGGCCCGCCUCAACAACGUCGACAACGCUUGGACGCCUUCAGAGGACAGCAACAAGGAGUACAUCCAGGUCGACCUUCACUUCCUGAAGGUUCUGACGGGCAUCGCCACACAGGGCGCCGUUUCAACGGAGACACAGAAGUCCUACUACGUCACUACCUUCAAACUGGAAGUCAGCACCAACGGGGAGGACUGGAUGGUGUACCGGCACGGCAAGAACCACAAGAUUUUCCACGCCAACACAGACCCAGCUGAGGUCGUUCUGAAUCGGGUCCCACAGCCAGUUCUGGCCCGGUUUGUUCGUAUCCGACCACAAACCUGGAGGAACGGCAUCGCCCUGCGCUUCGAGCUCUACGGAUGCCAGAUUACAGAUGCUCCGUGUUCAGACCUGCAGGGCCUGCUGUCCGGCCUGCUCCCCGACGCCCAGAUCUCGGCCUCCUCCAGCAGAGAUAUGGUGUGGAACCCUGGGACCGCCCGUCUGGUGGCCAGUCGCUCCGGCUGGUUCCCCUCCCCUGCACAGCCGCUGGCUGGAGAGGAGUGGCUUCAGGUGGACCUUGGAGUGCCUAAGACAGUGCGCGGAGUGAUCACCCAGGGAGCGAGGGGAGGAGACGCAGGAAGUGGGGCGACCACAGAUAACCGGGCGUUUGUCAGGAAAUACAAAGUGGCACACAGCCUGAAUGGAAAAGAGUGGUAUUUCAUCAUGGACAUCAAGACCAGCCUGCCCAAGAUCUUUGAGGGGAACACACACUACGACACCCCAGAGCUGCGUCAUUUUGAGGAGAUAGUGUCCCAGUACAUCAGGCUGUACCCAGAGAGGUGGUCUCCAGCCGGAAUCGGGAUGAGAGUGGAGAUACUGGGCUGCGACCUUCCAGAAAUGACCACGCCGGCCGACACCGUCACACCAACUGUGCCCGACAUUGACACCACAACUGCUGCCGUUUCGACUGCAGUAGCCUCCUCUCCUCCAUCAGACAGUGUUUGUGACUUUGACCGUGGCCUGUGUGGGUGGACGUAUGACCCCAACGCCCCUCUGCUCUGGUCCCUGCACAGCCACGAGCUCAACAGCUACCUGUACAUGGACGCCAGCCUAAAGACGGAGCAGCAGCAGGCCCGGCUCGUGAGCUCCGUGGUGGCGGCCGACACCGGGCCCCUCUGCCUCCUCUUCUCCUACCAGCUGUCGGGGGAGGCGCAGGGCCACCUGAAGGUCCUGCUGCGGGACGCCCACAACGAGGAGACCGUGCUGUGGACGCUGAAAGACGAUCAGGGCCCCGUCUGGAGGGAGGGUCGCACCAUCCUGCCUCGAUCCCCCAAAGACUUCCAGGUUGUGAUGGAGGGUUUCUUUGUGCACGGCACCAGAGGACACAUCUGGAUAGACAACUUCCACAUGAGCUCUAGCACCCCCCUGAAAGAGUGUACACAACCCUUUGCAGCGUUUUCUCCUGAAAACCCAGUGAAGAGACCCAAUGAAUUUGGAGACGGACGACUUUUCAGUGGCAGAGACGCGCUCGGUGGAGUUAUACAGUUCCCUGAGUGGAACACAGCAUCCCCGUCAUCUCCUCCGGUGACCCGCGUCUCAGAGAAGGACAACUCGUGGCUGUACACGCUGGACCCCAUCCUGGUCACCAUCAUCGUCAUGAGCUCCCUGGGCGUCGUGCUCGGGGCGGUGUGCGCCGGCCUCCUCCUGUACUGCACCUGCUCCUACAGCGGCCUGUCGUCCCGCUCUUCCACCACCCUGGAGAACUACAACUUCGAACUGUACGACGGUCUCAAGCACAAGGUCAAGCUGAACCAACAGCGCUGCUGCACCGAGGCGUGAGGAGGUUCGAGAGAGGGAACGCGAAAGGAGACGGAACAAGAGCGAGAGAUGCAGCCAUUUUGUGAAAAACCUCGCACUAUUUUCUUAAUUUCCUCCAGUUCACUUUCAGUUGACUUGAGUGGUGCAGAUGCCGGGACACACGGACAACGAGAAAGCCACUUUUCUUUUCUUUUCUUUAGCUCAAACGAGAACUCGUUUCCCGCUCCAGUGUUGGUAGUUCAUGUGGUGAAAUGAGAGAGAGACUGGGGUUACCCAGAUGCAUCGUUCCACUGCGGGGAUGUUAGGCCUCAAAAAAUAUCUACACAUAUCAAUUACAGAUUCCUGCUCCACCAAAAGAGAACUGUUUAUAAAUGCAUCAUAGAUUUGUAAGAGGUCUAGUUUUGAAGCUGGAUACUGUAAGCUACACAUACUGAGUCAGAACACGUCGUGUUGGAAAGGUGGUAGGUUAGGAACGUGCUUAGAAAGCGUCUUUUUUGAUCACAUGUGAACACAGUGGCCUAGAACUUAGCUCCUUUGUGUGGCCCGUUGGCUCUUUUUGUUCCGUCGUAGAAUCUGCUACCUAUCAGCCUCAGUUAUCCUCUUAGUUCCUGACAGUCUGUGGUAUUUUUAGUCACAGACGUCCAUCGAGUUUGCUCGGUCACUCUCUUUCUGUUUAAUGUUUUCGUUCUGGCCUAUCGCCAGCCUGUGAUGGCAGAUAAGUAGAAAAAAUGAGGCGUAUGUGUGUGUAGAGGUGGGGAGGGAGGAGGAGGGGGGGGGGGGGCAUUUUAACACAUUCUUUUAAUGACAGAGAGAGUUAUUGUUAGAUUUAGUUGUCGGAGACUGUUGUUACUGGUUCCUGUCAAAGAGAAGGUCAUGUUUACAUUGUGGUUAAUGGUGAAAGGUCAAGGAGCUUUGGUCGGUGCAACCUAUGGAUUGCUGUUAAGGGCAGAGACUGAAAACCACUGAAGGAAGACAAACAAAGAGCGAGUGAGAGAGACUAUGACUGACGGAGCACUAAAUUCCCCCUGCCUCUCUCUCACAGGGGCGAUGUCCUCCCUGUGCUUUCCGCCAGGACAGAAAACAAACUAAUGCCAGAAACAGCUCUUCUCAAUCGACUGACCGUGUGCCCCGGACACACAACAAGCCUUAAAAGCAAACUGUUCGCGGAAAUGUUGAAAAAGGAAAGUUGAGGCGACACCAAGACAAGAGAGGAGGUAUCCAUCUCUCUCUCUUUUUACAUGUGGACCUCAAAAGCCAUGAUUUAAAGGACCUAUCCCCCCCCUCCUCCCCCCCAACUCACACGUACACACAGACACACCACCCCCACCUCAAACUACCGGCUAAUUGUGGCCUGUUUUUUUGUUUGUUUACUUUUCAUAAUGUCUGCUCUGCAAGGCGGGCAUUCUUCGGGACUGUUUCGAACCAAUCAGAAAGGGUCUUGUGCUCUUGAUGGACUCACAAGAGGGGGAGAGUCUCGCUCCCACGCACAUGCACACAUUGCUUCACUUGUAUAUACAGAUGUAUAUACAGAAACAUUAUUACACACCCUCUCUCGCUCAUGAACACUGAAAAUGAAGGGAACAACCGUUGCCGCUGAGAAGCCUAAGGUAUAUAUUUGAGACCAUGGAGUACAUAAAUGCCGUGGAUUCACUACACACACAUGCACUCAACAUUUCAUCCCAUCUACCCUCACCAUGAACACACUCUCCUCUGAGGCCCGUUUCUCUGGACCCCACUGACUCUCUUCAAAGUGCCUUGGAGCCUCGGGGAUCCAGCUUGCCUUUGGAGCCGGUAUCAGAUACAGUAACUUGACGCUGACAGUGACAGUCACAGCGCCCCCUUCUGCCUGGGAGGACCAAACAACGUUUAAAAAAAAAAUAAGAAAAAGGACAGGAUCCCCCUUUCGCACUGCUCGGACUGCUGUUGUUGUUGUUUUAAAGGGGGUCUUUGUACAGAAAUGCUCUUUUUAUGAUUGUUAUUAUAAUUAUUGUUAUGAUUAUUUAAUAAAGGAUUUAUACCAUACUGAG